AUGGCAGUGAACCAGAGCCACACCGAGAGCCGUCGUGGGGCCCUCAUCUCCACUGGCGAAAGUGUCUUGAAGCAGUGUGAGGAUGUGGACCUCUGCUUCCUGCAGAAACCAGUGGAAUCCCAUCUCUUUAAUGGCACAAAGAAAGGAACGCUGUUUCUCACUUCAUACCGGGUGGUCUUCGUGACUUCACACUUAGUCAAUGACCCCAUGCUUUCUUUUAUGAUGCCCUUUGACCUGAUGAGUGACUGCACCAUUGAACAACCAAUUUUCGCCCCCAACUACAUUAAAGGAACCAUUCAGGCAGCUCCGGGUGGUGGCUGGGAAGGACAAGCUGUUUUUAAGUUAUCCUUCAGGAAAGGAGGUGCCAUCGAAUUUGCCCAACUGAUGAUAAAAGCUGCCUCUGCUGCUGCCAGAGGAAUUCCACUUGGAAGUGUAAAUUACUGGUUUGACACUUCAGGACUGUACAUAAUUACUGUCCCAGGGGCUGCAGUGUGCUCCUCACAGACACCUUGUCCAGCAUAUCCAAUUGUGAUCUAUGGACCCCCACCACCAGGAUAUAGAGCCCAACCAGGGGAAUAUGGAACUCCACGGGAAGGAUAUGGAGCCCAACCAGGGGGAUAUGGAGCCCCACCUAUGGGAUAUGGAGCCCCUCCUGGGGGAUAUGGUGCCCCACCUGCAGGAUAUGGAGCCCCACCUGGGGGAUAUGGAGCCCCACCUGGGGGAUAUGGAGCCCCUCCUGGGGGAUAUGGUGCCCCACCUGCAGGAUAUGGAGCCCCACCUGGGGGAUAUGGAGCCCCACCUGCAGGAUAUGGAGCCCCACCAGCUGGAAAUGAAGCCCUACCCCCGGCAUAUGAACCUCCAUCUGCUGGAAAUACAGCUGCCUCUCACAGAUCUGUGGCAGCUCAGCAGGAGACUUCUCUUCCCUCUACCUCGUCUUCUCAGGUCCAUUUACCACCUUCUCAGAGUUAA